CAGAGGCGCGGGCGCGGGGGCGCACCAUGGCGCGGCGGCUGCUGGCCGGACUGGCGCUGCUGGGCGCGCUGCGGGCGGCCGCGGGGGGCUUCAGCCUGCACCCCCCCUACUUCAACCUGGCCGAGGGCGCCCGCGUCCACGCCUCGGCCACCUGCGGCGAGGAGAGCCCCGCGCGCGGCGCCGCGCGCCCCACCGAGGACCUGUACUGCAAGCUGGUGGGGGGCCCGGUGGCCGGCGGGGACCCCAACCAGACCAUCCAGGGCCAGUACUGCGACAUCUGCACGGCGGCCAGCAGCAAGAAGGCGCACCCCGCCAGCCAUGCCAUCGACGGCACGGAGCGCUGGUGGCAGAGCCCGCCGCUGUCCCGUGGCCUGCAGUACAACGAGGUCAACCUGACGCUGGACCUGGGCCAGGUGUUCCAUGUGGCUUAUGUGCUCGUCAAGUUUGCCAACUCUCCGCGGCCCGACCUGUGGGUGCUGGAACGUUCCACCGACUUUGGCCUCACCUACCAGCCCUGGCAGUUCUUUGCCUCCUCGCGCAGAGACUGCCUGGAGCGCUUCGGGCCCCGGACGCUGGAGCGCGUGGAGCAGGACGACGACGUGGUGUGCAGCACCGAGUACUCGAGGAUCGUGCCGCUGGAGAACGGCGAGAUCGUCGUGUCCCUGGUGAACGGGCGCCCGGGCGCCAGGAACUUCUCCUACUCGCCGCGGCUGCGCGACUUCACCAAGGCCACCAACAUCCGCCUGCGCUUCCUGCGCACCAACACGCUGCUCGGACACCUCAUGGGCAAGGCGCUGCGCGACCCCACGGUCACGCGCCGGUACUACUACAGCAUCAAGGACAUCAGCGUGGGCGGCCGCUGUGUCUGCCACGGCCACGCAGAUGCUUGUGACGCCCACGACCCCACGGACCCCUUCAGGCUGCAGUGCGCCUGCCAGCACAACACGUGUGGGAGCUCCUGUGACCGCUGCUGCCCCGGCUUUAACCAGCACCCGUGGAGGCCAGCGACCGCUGACAGUGCCAACGAGUGCCAGUCCUGCAACUGCCACGGCCACGCCCACGACUGCUACUACGACCCCGAGGUGGACCGGCUCCACGCCAGCCAGGACCUGGAGCAGGUCUUCCGGGGCGGCGGCGUGUGCAUCGACUGCCAGCACCACACCACCGGCAUCAACUGUGAGCGCUGCUUGCCCGGCUUCUACCGCGACCCCGACCACCCCCUGGACUCCCCACAGGCCUGUCGCCGCUGCCAGUGCGACUCGGACUUCACUGACGGGACGUGCGAGGACCUGACCGGCCACUGCUAUUGCCGCCCCAACUUCACGGGCGAGCGCUGCGAUGCGUGUGCCGACGGCUUCCUGGGCUUCCCCCAGUGCUACCCUGUGGCCUCCUCCCCCAACGACACCGGAGAGCAGCAGUCGCCGGCCGGGCAGAUCGUGAACUGUGACUGCAGCGCCGCGGGGACUGAAGGGAACGCGUGCCGGAAGGACCCGCGGCUGGGGCGCUGCGUGUGCAAACCCCACUUCCAGGGCGCCCACUGCGAGCUCUGUGCUCCCGGCUUCUACGGCCCCAGCUGCCAGCCGUGCCUGUGCUCCAGCCCCGGAGUGGCUGACGGACUCUGCGACCAGGACUCCGGGCACUGCGUGUGCCGCACGGGCUUCCAGGGUGCGGCGUGUGACCGCUGCGCCCCCGGCUACUUCCACUUCCCCCUCUGCCAGCUGUGCGGCUGCAGCCUCGUGGGGACCCUCCCGGAGGGCUGUGACCAGGAGGGACACUGCCUGUGCCGGCCGGGCUUCGCCGGCCCCCACUGCGACCGCUGCGGGCCAGGCCACCACGGCUACCCCGAGUGCCAGGCCUGCAGCUGCGACCCGCAGGGCGCCCUGGACCAGCCCUGCGGCCCCACGGGCCUGUGCCGCUGCCGCUCCGGCUACACCGGCCCCACCUGCGGCGAGUGCAGCCCCGGCUUCCACGGCUUCCCGGACUGCGCGCCCUGCCACUGCUCCCCUGAGGGUGCCCAGCACGGCUUCUGCGACCCCCAGAGCGGCCAGUGCAGCUGCCGGCCUCACGUGACAGGUCUGCGGUGUGACACAUGUGUGCCCGGCGCCUAUGGCUUUCCCCGCUGUGAAGUGGGCUCCUGCCAUCCAGCCGGCCUGGACCUGAGCCUGCCCCAGCCUCCCGAGGGCUCCUGCGUGUGCCGGCCUCACGUCGAGGGGCCCAGCUGUGACCGCUGCCAACCGGGCUUCUGGGGACUGAGCGCCGCCAACCCUGAGGGCUGCACGCGCUGCAGCUGUGAUGCCAGGGGCACGCUGGGCGGAGGGACCGACUGCCAGCAGGGUAGCGGCCAGUGCUUCUGCAAGGCCCACGUGUGCGGCCAGACAUGCGGGGCGUGCCGAGACGGCUUCUUUGGGCUGGACCGCGCCCACUACUUCGGCUGCCGCAGCUGCCGCUGUGACGUCGGCGGGGCGCUGGGCCAGGGCUGCGAUGCCCAGACGGGCGCCUGCCGCUGCCGCCCCAACACGCAGGGCCUCACCUGCAGCGAGCCCGCGCCGGACCACUUCCUGCCGGACCUGCACCACUUCCGCCUGGAGCUGGAGGAGGCCACGACGCCCGCCGGCCUGCCCGUGCGCUUCGGCUUCAACCCCCUGGAGUUCGAGAGCUUCAGCUGGCGCGGCUAUGCCCAGAUGACGCCCAUCCAGCCCAGGAUCGUGGCCAGGGUGAACGUGACCUCCCCCGACCUCUUCUGGCUCGUCUUCCGCUACGUCAACCGCGGGCCCUCGAGCGUGAGCGGGCGAGUGUCUGUGAGAGAGGACGGCAGGUUUGCCGCCUGUGCCAACUGCACGGAGCAGAGCCAGCCACUGACCUUCCCGCCCAGUACGGAGCCCGCCUACCUGGCCGUGCCUCAGAGGGGCUUCGGAGAGCCCUUCGUGCUGAACCCCGGCACCUGGGCCAUGGAGGUGGAGGCCGAAGGGGUCCUGCUGGACCACGUGGUGCUGCUGCCCAGUGCCCACUAUGAGGCGGCCGCGCUGCAGCUGCGGGUCACUGAGCCCUGCAGCUACCGGCCGUCGGCCCAGCGCCCUAGGGACAGCUGCCUGCUCUACACCCACCUGCCCCUGGACGGCUUCCCCUCGGCUGCAGGGUCCAGCGCCCUGUGUCGCCACGGCAACAGCCUGCCGCAGCCCUGCCCCAUGGAGCAGCUCAGCUCCUCACACCCGCCUCUGGCGGCCUGUCUGGGCAGUGACGUGAGCGUCCAGCUGCAGCUGCGAGUCCCGCAGGCCGGACGCUACGCCCUGGUGCUGGACUAUGCCAAUGAGGACGGCCGCCAGGAGGCAGGCGUGGCUGUGCACAGCCCCCAGCGGGGCCCGCAGCGGGGCACGCUCACCCUGCACCCCUGCACGUACAGCACCCUGUGUCGGGGCACUGCCCUGGAUGCCCAACACCACCUGGCCGUCUUCCACCUGGACUCCGAGGGCAGCAUUGAGCUCACGGCCGAGCAGGCCCGCUUCUUCCUGCACGGCGUCACCCUGGUCCCCGUGGGGACCUUCAGCUUGGAGUUCCUGGAGCCACGCCCUUGGUGCACCAGCAAACACGGAGACUUCAACCCCAGCAGUGCCGCCUGCCUGCCUUCCCGCUUCCCCAAGCCGCCGCAGCCCAUCCUGCUCAGGGACUGCCUGGUGCUGCCCCUCCCGCCCGGCCUCCCUCUGGCCCACGCCCAGGACCUCCCCCCAGGCACACCUCCAGCCGGGCCACAGCCUCAGCCCCCCACCGCAGUGGAGCCCGACGCAGCGCCCACGCUGCUCCGCCACCCCCAGGGCACGGUGGUCUUCAGCACCCAUGUGCCCACCCUGGGCCGCUAUGCCUUCCUACUGCAUGGCUACCAGCCGGCUCACCCCACCUUUCCCGUGGAGGUGCUCAUCAAUGGGGGCCGCGUCUGGCAGGGCCAUGCCAAUGCCAGCUUCUGCCCCCAUGGCUAUGGCUGCCGUGCCCUGGUGAUGUGUGAGGGCCAGACGGUGCUGGACGUGACGGACAGCGAGCUGACAGUGACUCUGCGCGUGCCUGAGGGCCGCUGGCUCUGGCUGGAUUAUGUGCUGGUGAUCCCCGAGGACGCUUACAGCCCCAGCUUUCUCCGGGAGGAGCCCCUGGACCAGUCCUACGACUUCAUCAGCCAGUGUACUGCCCGUGGCUACCACAUCAGCCCCAGCAGCGCGUCCCCGUUCUGCCGUGCGGCGGCCACUUCCCUGUCUCUCUUCUACAACAACGGGGCUCAGCCUUGCGGCUGCCACGAGGCCGGCGCCACGAGUUCCACGUGUGAGCCGUUUGGGGGUCAGUGCCCCUGCCGCGCCCACGUCAUCGGCCGGGACUGCUCCCGCUGUGCCACCGGCUACUGGGGCUUCCCCCACUGCAGGCCCUGCGAGUGCGGAGCGCAGCUGUGCGAGGAGCUGACCGGCCGCUGCAUCUGCCCGCCGCGCACCGUGCCCCCCGCCUGCGUGGUCUGCCAGCCCCAGAGCUUCGGCUGCCACCCGCUGGUGGGCUGCGAGGCGUGUAACUGCUCGGGGCCAGGCGUGGAGGCCCUCACGGACCCCACGUGUGACGCGGACAGCGGCCAGUGCAAGUGCAGACCUCACGUGACCGGACGCCGCUGUGACACCUGCACCCCCGGCUACUACGGCUUCCCCAACUGCCGCCCCUGUGACUGCCACGCGGCGGGGUCGGCGCCGGGCACGUGCGACCCCCUGUCGGGCCAGUGCUACUGCAAGGAGAACGUGCAGGGCCCGCGGUGUGACCAGUGCCGCCUGGGCACCUUCUCCCUGGACGCCGCCAACCCCAAGGGCUGCACCCGCUGCUUCUGCUUCGGGGCCACCGAGCGCUGCGCCAGCGCGGCCGUCACCCGCCACCAGCUCGUGGACAUGGCGGGCUGGACGCUGCUGAGCGGGGACCAGCACGCGGUGCCGCUCGAGGCGCAGGUGGAGGCAGAGCUGCUGAGCGCCGACCUGCGGCGGCUGCCCGAGGCCUUCCCCGAGCUCUACUGGCAGGCCCCGGCCUCCUACCUGGGGGACCGCGUGUCGUCCUACGGGGGCACCCUGAGCUACGAGCUGCACUCGGAGACGCAGCGAGGAGACGUGUUCAUCCCCGUGGAGAGCCGCCCCGACGUGCUGCUGCAGGGCAACCAGAUGAGCCUGACGUUCCUGGAGCCUGUGUACCCAGCACCCGGGCAAGUGCACCACGGGCAGCUGCAGCUGGUGGAGGGGAACUUCCGGCACACGGAGACCCACAACACCGUGUCCCGCGAGGAGCUCAUGAUGGUGCUGGCCGGCCUGGAGCAGCUGCGCAUCCGGGCUCUCUUCGCGUCCAUCUCCUCGUCUGUGUCCCUGCGCAGGGUGGCCCUGGAGGUGGCCAGCGCCGAGGCCGGGGGGGCCCCGGCCAGCACCGUGGAGCAGUGCCUGUGCCCCGCCAGCUACCGCGGGGCCUCCUGCCAGGAGUGCGCUCCUGGCCACUACCGGGACACCAAAGGGCCCUUCCUGGGCCGCUGUGUGCCUUGUCAGUGCCACGGCCACUCGGACCGCUGUCUCCCCGGCUCUGGUGUCUGCGUGGGCUGCCAGCACAACACGGCGGGCGACCACUGUGAGCUGUGCUCCCCGAGCUUCCUGCGCGGCCACCCUGAGGACCCGGCGGCACCCUGCAUCAGCUGCCCCUGCCCGCUCUCGGUGCCGUCCAACAACUUUGCCACCGGCUGCGUGCUGCGUGGCGGCCGCCCCCAGUGCCUGUGUCGGCCUGGCUACGCGGGCCCUUCCUGCGAGCGGUGCGCCCCCGGCUUCUUUGGGAACCCGCUGGUGCUGGGCAGCUCGUGCCAGCCCUGUGACUGCAGCGGCAAUUCGGACCCCAACAUGCUGUUCAGCGACUGUGACCCCCUGACGGGUGCCUGCCGCAGCUGCCUGCACCACACGGCCGGGCCCCGCUGCCAGAGCUGCGCCCCUGGCUACUUCGGCAACGCGCUGCUGCCCGGGAACUGCACCCGGUGUGACUGUUCGCCGUGCGGGACGGAGGCCUGCGACCCCCACAGUGGACGGUGCCUGUGCAAGGCCGGAGUGGGCGGGGCCCGCUGUGAGCGAUGCCAGGAAGGACACUUCGGCUUUGAGGGCUGCGGGGGCUGCCAGCCGUGCUCCUGUGGGCCGGCCGCCAAGAGCCCCGAGUGCCACCCUGAGAGUGGACACUGCUCCUGCCGGCCGGGUGCCUGGGGGCCCCAGUGCCGAGAGUGUGCCCCCGGCCACUGGGGGCUCCCGGAACAGGGCUGCAGACGCUGCCAGUGCCAGGGGGGCCACUGUGACCCCCACACGGGUCGCUGCACAUGCCCUCCCGGGCUCAGCGGGGAACGCUGUGACACUUGCAGCCACCAGCAUCAAGUGCCCGUGCCCAGCGGGCCUGGGGGUCGAGGCGUCCACUGCGAAGUGUGUGACCACUGUGUGGUCCUGCUCCUGGACGAGCUGGAGCAGGCUGGCUCCCUCCUCCCCGCCAUCCGGGAGCAGCUGCGUGGCCUCAACGCGAGCUCCGCAGCCUGGGCCCGGCUGCACGCACUGAACAGCUCCAUCGUCAGCCUGAAGAGCCAGCUCCAGGACCCCCUGGGCCCCCGCCACCACGAAGAAAAGCAGCUGGAGGCGUUGGAGCAGGAGCGUGCCCGGCUGGAGCAGGAAGGACAGCGGCUGGACGCGCAGGCCUCAGAGGCUAGAGCCCGGGCGGGCCAGCUGCUGGACAGCACUGCGGCCACCCUGAGCCGGGCACAGACGCUGCAGACCGACAUCCGGGCUGUGGAGCAGAGCCUGAGGGAACUCGAGGCGCGGAUGGACCGUCUGUUCCCAGCCAACACUUCGGCGCCCUCCGGGGAGCAGCUGCGCCGGGCGCUGGCGGAAGCCGAGCGGCUGCUCGGGCAGAUGAGGGCCCGGAGCCUGGCGUUCCCGCGCGCUGCUGCGGAGGCUGAGCUGGGCGAAGCCCAGAGAUUGCUGGCCCGGGUGCAGGAGCAGCUGACCAGCCGCUGGGAAGGGAACCAGGCGCUGGCCGCACGCACGCGGGACCAGCUGGCGCAGCACGAGGCUGGGCUCAUGGAACUGCGGGAGGCGCUGAACCGGGCCGUGGGCACCACGCGGGAAGCCGAGGAGCUCAACAGCCGCAACCAGGCGCGUCUGGAGGAGGCCCUGCGACGCAAGGAGGAUCUGUCCCGGGACAACGCCACGCUGCGAGCCACACUGCAGUCGGCCCGCGACACGCUGGCCCAGCUCUCGGUGCUGCUCCGGGGCCUGGACCAGGCCAGGGAGGAGUACGAGCACCUGGCCGCCAGCCUGGACGGGGCCCGCACGCCGCUGGCGGAGAAGAUCCAGACCUUCUCCCCGGCCAGCAGCAAAGUGGGGCUGGUGGAGGCGGCGGAGGCCCACGCCUGGCGCCUGGACCAGCUGGCGCGCAACCUGAGCAGCAUCAUCCGUGGCGUGAACCAGGACCGCUUCAUCCAGCGCGCCAUCGACGCCGCCAGCGCCUACAGCAGCAUCCUCCGGGCCGUGCAGGCUGCCGAGAGCACCGCCGACCAGGCCCUGCGGGAGGCCACUCACACGUGGGAGACGGUGGUCCAGCACGGCCUGGCGGCCCAGGCUCGCGAGCUGCUGGCCAAUGGCAGCGCCCUGGAAGACGCUGUCGGCGGGGAGCAGCGGCGGCUGGACCAAGCGCGGGCCACCCUGCAGGUCACAGGGACGAAGCUCCGCGAUGCCCAGGCCCAGCGGGAGCAGCUGGCCGCCCGUGUGCAGGAGGCGCAGGCCAUGCUGGCCAUGGACAUGAACGAGACGAGUCAGAAGAUCGCCCACGCCAAGGCCGUGGCCACCAAGAGCCUGGACGCGAUGGCCCGCGUGAACGCGCAGCUGCGAGACAUGCGGGAGAACGUGGAGCGGUGGCAGGGCCAGUACACGGGCCUGCAGGGCCAGGACCUGGGCCAGGCCGUGCUGGACGCCGGGCGCUCAGUGUCGGGGCUGGAGAAGACGCUGCCCCAGCUGCUGGCCAAGCUGAGUGAUCUGGAGAACCGAGGCUCGCCCAACACCAGCCUGGCCCUGGCCGCCAGCAUUGGCCGCGUGCGGGAGCUCAUUGCCCAGGCCCGGGGGGCCGCCAGCAAGGUCCGAGUACCCAUGAAGUUCAACGGGACGUCGGGGGUGCGCCUGCGGGCCCCGCGGGACCUCUCCGACCUGGCUGCGUACACUGCUCUGAAGUUCUACCUGCAGAGGCCCGAGCCCGCAGCCGGGGAGGCCGCGGGCAGCCAGUUCGUGCUGUACAUGGGCAGCCGCCAGGGCACUGGCGACUACAUGGGUGUGGCGCUGCGUGACCAGAAGGUCCACUGGGUGUAUCGCCUGGGGACAGCGGGUCCAGCCACCCUCAGCAUCGACGAGGACAUUGGGGAGCAGUUUGUUGCUGUCAGCCUUGACAGGAGCCUGCAGUUCGGCCAGAUGUCGGUCACUGUGGAGAAGCAGACUCUGCACGAGAUCAAGGGGGACACGGUGGCCCCCGGGGCUGAGGGGCUGCUCAACCUGAACCCUGAUGACUUUGUCUUCUACGUGGGGGGCUACCCCAAAAACUUCACGCCCCCCCAGCCCCUGCACUUGGACCGUUACCGAGGCUGCAUUGAGCUGGACACACUCAACGAGCAGGUCGUCAGCCUCUACAACUUCGAGGAGACCUUCCAGCUGGACACAGCGGCGGACAAGCCCUGUGCUCGCUCCAAGUUCACCGGGGACCCCUGGCUCACCGACGGCUCCUACCUGGACGGCACCGGCUUCGCCCGCAUCACUCUGGACAACCGUCAGAACUUGGGCUCUUACCGCUUCGAGCAGGAGCUGCGGCUGGUUUCCUCCGAGGGCAUCAUCUUCUUCAUGCAACACCAGGCCCAGUUCCUGUGCCUGGCCCUGCGUGAGGGCCGCCUGCAGCUGCUCUAUGACUUCGGCGGGGGCCUGCAGGUGGUCAACACCACGACCAGCUCCACCGCAGCCCCGACCCCUUCGCCCCUGACUGUAGGCAGCAAAGCGAUUCACGUGUUCGUGCUGUACACCCCCCCGCCGCGGGUGGUGGUGCGCGUGGAGCGGAUCAACGUGUUCAGCGUGGAGCAGAACUCCACGCUCAACCUGGCAGACACCUACUACCUGGGCGGCGUGCCGCCGGAGCAGCUGCCCGCCAGCCUGCGGCGGCUCUUCCCCUCGGGGGGCUCCAUCCGGGGCUGCGUCAAGGGCAUCAAGGCCCUGGGCAAGUACGUGGACCUCAAGAGGCUGAACACCACGGGCAUCAGUUUCGGCUGCACGGCGGACCUGCUGGUGGAGCGCGCUGCGACCUUCCACGGCCACGGCUUCCUGCCGCUGCCGCUGCCCGACGUGGCGCCGCUGUCCGGGAGCGUGUACUCGGGCUUCGGCUUCCGCAGCCGCCAGGACAGCGGGCAGCUCUACUACCGCGAGGGGCAGGGCGGGCCGUGCGAGGUGUCCCUGCAGCAGGGCCGCGUGGCGCUGCGGAUGGCCAAGACCGAGGUGAGGAGCCGCGUGGCCCUGGCCGACGGGGCCGCCCACUACGUGGCCUUCUACAGCAACAGCAGCGGGCUCUGGCUCUACGUGGACGACCAGCUGCAGCAGGCGAAGCCCCACCAGUCGUCCUCCAGUGCCGGGCCCCCGGGGCCCGCUGAGCUCUGGCUGGGGGGCGUGGCCAAGCCCGGGGCUGCCCGGCACUUCCAGGGCUGCCUGCGCAACAUCUUCGUGCAGCGGCUCCAGGGCCCCCAGCGAGUGUUCGACCUGCAGCAGCACCUGGGCAGGGUCAACGUGAGCUCAGGCUGCGCCCCCGCGGCUGCCACGCAGCCCUCGGCGCUCCUGCCCAGAGGACUGCAGGCCCUCCCGGCUCAGAAGGCCUCUCGCCAGAGCCGCCAGCCCCGCCCGGACCCCGCCUGCGCGGUGGCCGCCUUGCCCCACAGCGCCCAGGACGCCUACCAGUUGGCAGGGGCGCUGCCCGGACACCUGGAGUUCGGCCUUCCCGGGCACUGGACACGCCUGUCCCUGGUCGUCCGCCCUCAGACCUCCGACGGCCUGCUGCUCCUCGCUGCCCCCCGGACGGCGGGUGGCCCCUCCCUGCGGCUCUGCCUGAAACGCGGUCACUUCCUAGUGCAGACCGAGGGGCCUGGACCCCGGCUGCGUGUCCAGAGCCGCCGGCAGAUGCGGGCCGGCCAGUGGCACAAGGUGUCCGUGGUCUGGGAGAAGACUCGCGUCCAGCUGGUGACGGGCCGGGCCCGGAGACAGGCACAGGCAGCACCCGGCCAGCGGCUCCAGGGGUCGGAGUUGCCCCGGCCCCACACUCUGUUUGUGGGGGGCCUCCCUGCUGGCAGCCCCCAGGUGGCCAACAGCUCUGCCAGGUUCAGCGGCUGCGUGAGGAAACUGAGGCUAGACGGGCGGCCCCUGGGGACGCCCAGGCGCGUGGUGGGGGUCACGCCCUGCUACUCGGGGACCCUGGAGAAAGGCCUGUUCUUCGCUGCAGGAGGAGGUGUCCUCAGCCUAGGCCUCCCUGGGCCUCCCCUGCCCACCCUGGAGCUGGAGCUGGAGCUGCGGCCCCGGACGGCCUCGGGCCUCGUCCUGCACCUGGGCGGGGACCAGGCGCCGCCUUAUCUGCAGCUGCAGCUGGUGGGGCGUCAGGUCCUGCUGCGGGCAGAUGACGGCACGGGCGAGGCCUCCACGUGGGUGACGUGCCCCAUGGCGCUGUGCGACGGGCAGUGGCACCGAGUGGCAGUGACCAGCGGUGGGCGCGUGCUGCGGCUGGAGGUGGACACACAUGCCAACCACACCCUGCGGCCUGGCCCCGCGGCUGCCCAGGGCCCGGCCCUGCUGCACCUCGGAAGCCUGCCCGAGCCCACGUUCACCCGGGACGGACUCCUCACCUGGGCACACCCUCGGCCCCCGGCCUACAGCGGCUGCAUGAGGAACCUGGUGGUCAACGGGUCCCCUGCCCCCUGGUCUCACGCUGCCAGCACCCAGGGGGCAGUGGGGGCCGGCGGCUGCCCCGCCGGGUAGCAGGCCCU